AUGACCACCCGCGACAUCCCUCAGCAGUUCCGCGCCGCCCAGUUCACCCAGUCCGGCGGCGAGCUCGAGUUGCGCGAGACUCGCAUGCAGGACCCGCGUCCGGAGGAGGUCGUCAUCCGCGUCCACGCCUCGGCCCUCAACAGCACUGACCAGAUCCUCCGUCACGACCUCCUUCCCGGCCUCGAGUUCCCGCUCACGCCCGGCCAGGCCGUCGUCGGCGAAGUCGUCCGCCAGGCUCAGCGCGGCGAGGGUCGCAUCAAGGAGGGUUCUCACGUCGCCGCCCUCUGCUACCGCGGCGGAUGCGCCGAGUACGUCCUCGCCGACGAGUGGUCGGUCGUCGAGCUCCCGCAGAAGCUCAGGCAAGGCGACGAGAUGUACAUGGGCCCGAUCUUUGCCUGGGACAUGUCGCGCGUCGUCAUCUCGCACGAGCGCUGCGAGGAGGAGCACAAGCACCUCGGCGAACACGAGCGCAAGCUCAUCCGCGAGCACAACGAGCGUCUCGGCUUUAAGGGCGACGGCUGUAUCGUCAUCUACGGCGAGGGCGGCUUCGUUCGCCUCGCCAUCGACUCGCUCCGCGCCGAGGGCGUCAAGCGCAAGAUGCUCGUCGUCACGAUCUCGGACAAGUGGCAGGCCAAGGACUACGGCGUCAAGGACGACGAGAUGAUGCGCGCCAACGACAACAACCUCCGCGAGUUCCUCAAGAAGCACGGCGGUGCUCAGGGCGUUAUCUGCACCGACAUGCCCCGCGAGGGCUUUGAGCAGCUCCUCGACGGGUGCCGCUACCGCUCGUCGAUGAUCUGCCUCAACCCGCGCAAGGACGACGACAUGACCGUCCCCAUCGCCAACCUCAUCGCCAAGUCGAUUUCGAUCCGCGGCGCCCCUCCGCUCUCGCACAAGGACCUCGAGCGCGUGAUGCGCCUCGCCGACAAGCAGUCGGUGCGGGUCCCGAUCCACCGCUACCGCUUCGACCAGAACGAGAUGCGCGAGGCGUGGAGGAAGAUGGAGCAGAGGGAGGAGUUUGAGGCGCCUGUCAUUGCGAUGGAGGAGCGCCAGGAUGGGUCGAUGAGGAUGUGA